CAUUAAAGCUCUCUCUCUCUCUCUCUCUCUCUCUCUUCUGAGUGUGUCCCUACUCACCGGCGCAAGAGAGUGACCGAGCUAGUGAGGGGGGGGAGCUCGAACUGGCUGUGGGUUCCUUGUGGGCAGAGGGCUGUCUGAGAUUUUGCCUUUCUUCUUCCCACAUUUCUCUAAUAAGGGUGUGAGAGCUUGUGGUCUGAGCUUUGCAGUUCCAUCUGCUGUGCUCUUUGAGGGAUUUUGCUCUGCUUUUUCUUUCUGGGUUUUGGGAGGAAGAUUCAAGAAUGAGGAGGGAUCGGCAGCUCAGAGCUGCAGCCGCGGCGGUUGUGUGCUUGCUGGGUCUGGUGUCGCUGGCCUGCGCCGGGAGGGUCGAUGGCGGUUCGAGGCAGAAGCUGGAGGUGGAGAAGCACUUGAGGCGCCUGAACAAGGCCCCUGUGAAAACCAUUAAGAGUCCCGAUGGGGACAUAAUAGAUUGUGUCCACAUCUCUAAGCAGCCUGCAUUCGAUCACCCUUUCCUGAAAGACCACAAAAUUCAGAUGAGGCCUAACUAUCACCCGGAAGGGCUGUUUGAUGAGAAGAAGGAGGUGGCUGCAGAGGCCAGAGAGAGGGAGAAUCCGAUCAAGCAACUGUGGCACAUGAACGGGAAAUGCCCCGAGGACACAGUUCCCAUUAGGAGGACAAAGAAAGAUGAUAUCUUGAGGGCAAGCUCCAUGAAGAGAUACGGGCGGAAAAAGCACAGGACCGUCCCUGUCCCAAAGUCUGCUGACCCUGAUCUCAUCAACGAGAGUGGCCAUCAGCAUGCCAUAGCUUAUGUUCAAGGAGACAAGUUUUAUGGAGCAAAAGCCACCAUCAAUGUAUGGGAGCCAAAGAUACAGCAACCCAAUGAGUUCAGCUUGUCUCAGCUCUGGAUCUUGGGAGGUUCCUUCGGUGAAGAUCUCAACAGUAUCGAAGCGGGUUGGCAGGUCAGUCCUGAUCUAUACGGUGAUAACAACACAAGGCUCUUCACUUACUGGACUAGCGAUGCAUAUCAAGCGACAGGUUGCUACAACCUCCUCUGCUCGGGCUUCAUUCAGAUCAACAGUGAGAUAGCAAUGGGAGCAAGCAUCUCCCCUGUCUCUGCUUAUCGAAACUCGCAAUAUGAUAUCGGUAUACUUGUCUGGAAGGACCCGAAUGAAGGGCACUGGUGGAUGCAGUUCGGGAACGACUACGUCCUGGGCUACUGGCCUUCCUUCCUGUUCUCAUACCUAGGGGACAGUGCCUCGAUGAUCGAGUGGGGAGGGGAAGUUGUGAACUCGGAGCCCAACGGGCAGCACACCUCAACCCAGAUGGGCAGCGGACACUUCCCGGAGGAAGGAUUUGGAAAGGCCAGCUACUUCAGGAACAUUCAGGUCGUUGAUGGGUCAAACAACCUCAAGGCACCCAAAGGGUUAGGGACCUUCACCGAUAAGUCCAGCUGCUACGACGUUCAGACAGGGAGUAACGGGGACUGGGGCCAUUACUUCUACUAUGGAGGCCCGGGCAGAAAUCCGAACUGCCCUUGAACAAUUACGACAGCCCUCUAUAUACUCACUGUUUUCGGUUAUAGGAGGUCCGGGUAGUCAAACGGUGUCCUGUAAGCGGCUGGAAGUUUUUGUGUUGCACAUAGAAUAUAUCGUCGGUCCAUGUUAAGAGGGGUUGUGACUUAGGAGGGAUGACCAAAGUUUCUCCACUUACGUCUGAAAGAAACGGGUCAUGGUCCCCUUGCUAUCUCUCUCUUUGUAUUCUAUUUGUUUGUUGGCUCCUCACUUGGGAGUUGACUGCUUUGUUAAUGAAUGAAGUAAUCUAAUCCCUUAUCUUCACAAUCUCA